AUGAAGAGUUUUGUGAAGUGUUUCCUUGGUACAAAUGACGAGCUGCUCCUCUCUAAACACCCGACGACGGGAGAGAAUUUCCGCAUUGAACUCGAAGGACUUAUGUCGGAUGAUGCAGAAGAGUCCAAAGAGCCCGACAUCGACGAUUUGCUUGAAGAGUUUGAUGAUCUUGUCAUGAUCGACCAAGAUUAA